AUGCUAGAACACAAGUACGGGGGCCACCUUGUGUCCCGGCGCGCCGCUUGCACCAUCCAAACCGCCUUCCGCCAGUACCAGCUCAGCAAGAACUUUGAGAAGAUCCGCAACUCCCUCCUGGAGAGCCGCCUGCCGCGGCGGAUCUCCCUGCGCAAGGUGCGGGCGCCCACGGCCGAGAGCCUGGCGGCCGAGAAGGCGCUCAUGGAGGGCUACGGCCUCAUGGGGCUGCCGCUGGUGCGCUCGCCCUCCCUGCCGCCCACCUUCGCGGGCACGCUCACCGAGCUGGAGGACUCCUUCACCGAGCAGGUGCAGUCCCUGGCCAAGUCCAUCGACGACGCCCUAAGCACCUGGAGCCUCAAGACCAUGUGCUCCCUGCAAGAGAGCGGCGCUUACCAACUCCACCAGGCCCUGCACGCGGGCGCGGGGCCACCCGGCCUGGAGGCCGAGAUGCGGGAGCUCAACAGCGCCCGCCCGGCGCCCGGGGAAGAGGCCGCCGAGGUCGCCGGCCUGCCCCAGGGCCACAGCAGCACCCUCAUGAUGGCUUUCCGGGACGUCACCGUGCAGAUCGCCAACCAGAACAUCUCUGUCUCCUCCGCCACGGCUCUGUCGGUGGCCAACUGCUUGGGCGCGCAGACCGCCCAGGCCCCGGCAGAGCCCGCGGCUGCGGGCAAAGCGGAGCAGGGCCAAGCCCCGGGGCAGGAGCCCCCCGAGGCCCCCACCGCGGGUCAGGGGGGUGCUCCCGCCGAGAACACGGGCGCAGAGGCCGGAGCCAGCGCCGCCUUGGGCGCGCACCCACCUGGGGCUGCCCAGGCCGUGGUGGAGGGGGCCGCGGUAGCGGUCUCGGAGGCAGAGGCAGAGGAGGAGGAGGCCGGGGAGGCGGGGAAGGAGACGGAGGCCGAGGCCGGCGACAACUCGGAGCAGCUGAGUAGCAGCAGCACGUCCACCAAGUCGGCCAAGUCGGGCUCGGAAGCAUCAGCCUCAGCCUCCAAGGAGGCCCUGCAGGCCAUGAUCCUGAGCCUGCCGCGCUACCACUGCGAGAACCCCGCCAGCUGCAAGUCGCCCACGCUCUCCACAGACACGCUGCGCAAACGGCUCUAUCGCAUCGGCCUCAACCUUUUCAACAUAAACCCUGACAAAGGCAUCCAGUUCCUGAUCUCCCGAGGCUUCAUCCCUGACACCCCCAUUGGAGUGGCCCACUUCCUGCUCCAGCGCAAGGGCCUCAGCCGGCAGAUGAUCGGGGAGUUCCUGGGUAACAGCAAGAAGCAGUUCAACCGCGAUGUGCUGGACUGUGUGGUGGACGAGAUGGACUUCUCCAGCAUGGAGCUGGACGAGGCCCUGCGGAAGUUCCAGGCCCACAUCCGCGUGCAGGGGGAAGCCCAGAAGGUAGAGCGACUCAUAGAGGCCUUCAGCCAGCGCUACUGCAUGUGCAACCCCGAGGUGGUGCAGCAGUUCCACAACCCCGACACCAUCUUCAUCCUCGCCUUUGCCAUCAUCCUCCUCAACACCGACAUGUACAGCCCCAACAUCAAGCCCGACCGGAAGAUGAUGCUAGAGGACUUUAUCCGAAACCUGAGAGGUGUGGAUGACGGUGCCGACAUCCCCAGGGAGCUGGUGGUGGGCAUCUAUGAAAGGAUACAACAGAAGGAGCUCAAGUCCAAUGAGGACCACGUCACGUAUGUCACCAAGGUGGAGAAGUCCAUUGUGGGCAUGAAGACGGUGCUGUCGGUGCCCCACCGCCGCCUGGUCUGCUGCAGCCGGCUCUUUGAGGUGACAGAUGUCAACAAGCUGCAGAAGCAGGCCGCGCAUCAGAGGGAGGUGUUCCUCUUCAACGACCUGCUGGUGAUUCUCAAACUUUGCCCGAAGAAGAAGAGCUCCUCCACAUACACGUUCUGCAAGUCAGUGGGCCUGCUGGGCAUGGGGUUCCACCUCUUUGAGAAUGAAUAUUACUCUCAUGGCAUCACCCUGGUGACCCCGCUUUCGGGCUCUGAGAAGAAGCAGGUGCUGCAUUUCUGUGCCCUGGGCUCGGACGAGAUGCAGAAGUUUGUGGAGGACCUGAAGGAAUCCAUCGCUGAGGUGACAGAGCUGGAGCAGAUCCGGAUAGAGUGGGAGCUGGAGAAGCAGCAGGGAGCAAAGACGCUGUCCUUCAAGUCCAGCGGGGCACAGGUGGACCCACAGUCCAAGCACGGAUCGCCUACAGCCAAAAGGGAAGCUGCCCUGGGGGAGAAGCCGGUGGAGAGCACGGUGGAGGUAUUAAUCAAUGCCUCCCCAGCCCGACUCACCAUUUUACCAAUUUCAAGAGAUACAAUUAAAAGUUACUGCUAG